AUGUUGUCCCACCUCCGAGCCCGGAGCAGGAGCUCGUUCCACAGCUACAAACCCGGCAGCCGGACUCAAGCCGCCAAGGAGCCGCUGGACCACGUGGACUUCACCUGCACCUUCAAGCCCUGGAGCUCCAUGCAGGAUCUGAGCAGAGACAUCUACGAUCUUUACGAUGAGUACGAAGAAGAGGAGGAUCGGUUCCCGGUGCCGCCCUCGUACCUGCUGAUGUGUCCGAACAAACACUUCAUCCUCAACAUCAACGUCGGAGGAACGGUUUACCACCUGCCCUACAGGCUAGCUGCCCGGUAUCCAACCACCCGGAUCGGCCGCUUGGCCACGUGCUCGGACCACAGCAGGAAGUUGGACCUGUGCGACGACUUCAUCGUCCAGAGCAACGAGUUCUUCUUCGACCGAGAUCCCAAAGUCUUCCACAACAUCUUCAGCUUCUACAGGACGGGCGUCCUCUGGAUCAAAGACGAACUGUGUCCACGCAGCUUCCUGGAGGAGAUCAACUACUGGGGCGUCCGGAUCAAGAACAGCCAGCGCUGCUGCCGCAUCUCCUUCGAGGAGCGGCAGGACGAGCAGAGCGAGCAGCUGAAGAUCCAGAAGCAGCUGAUGGCCGAGGUGGAGGUGGAGAGGGAGGAGUUCUUCCACGAGAUGGCGUUCGGCUCGACCCGCAGGAGAAUCUGGGACCUGAUGGAGAAGCCGUUCUCCUCGGUCACCGCCAAGCUGAUGGGCGUGGCCUCCUCCAUCUUCGUGCUGGUGUCGCUGGUCGCCAUGACGCUCAACACCGUGGAGGAGAUGCAGUACAAAACGGCCUCGGGUCAGCCCAGCGGCCGAUUCUACGGCGAGUACGUGGAGUCGCUCUGCAUCACCUUCUUCACGCUGGAGUACCUGCUGCGCCUGGUCUCCACCCCCGACCUCCAGCGCUUCGGACGCAGCGUGCUGAACAUCGUGGACCUGAUCGCCAUCCUGCCGCACUACCUGCAGAUGAUGCUGGAGUGCUUCGAGGACGAGGACGCUCACCUGCACGCAGGAGACAUCGAGACCGUCGGCCGGGUCGGAAAAGUCGGGCAGGUUCUGAGGAUCAUGCGUCUGAUGAGGAUCUUCAGGAUCCUGAAGUUGGCUCGUCACUCGACCGGCCUGCGGGCGUUCGGCUUCACGCUGAAACAGUGCUACCAGCAGGUGGGCUGUCUGCUUCUCUUCAUGGCGAUGGGGAUCUUCAUGUUUUCAGCCGUGGUCUACACGGUGGAGCGAGACGUUCACAACACAAACUUCACCUCCAUGCCCCAUGUGUGGUGGUGGGCCACAGUGAGCAUCUCCACCGUCGGCUAUGGAGACAUGGUCCCUGAGACCAACCUGGGCCGGAUCUUCGCCUUCGCCUGCAUCUCCUUCGGCAUCAUCCUCAACGGCAUGCCCAUCUCGGUGCUCUACAACAAGUUCUCAGACUACUACACCAAGCUGAAGGCCCACGAGUACACGGCCGUCACCAAGGCCCGAGGGAACCUGCACCUGGCCAGGAGGGCGGCCAGGAGGUUGGCCGAGUGCUGUGAGGACGUCGCUGAGCCAAAGACCUCCGGCCUGCACCCAGUCCGGCUGUAG